CAAUCAAUCGGUGAUUUGGAUCAUUCACUAUGGUUUCUCAGGCUCACUACGUCUCACCUGAUAUUGUGUUAGUUUGUAAAAUGUUUCUUUGUGUGUUGUGAGAGAAUUUGAAGAAUCCUACUUCCUUGACCACUAUGAAAGUCCACCAUCCUCCAGAGAAAGAUGACCGUGACAAGCGAUCCAACUCCCCCGACCACGUGGACUCCGCCUCGACUGUGAGCGCUGCGUGCACGAUGUCGGUGUCGUUCCCAUCGUCAUGCUACCGGCCGAAGCCGCAGAUCACGGAGAAGCCUGCGGACGGCAGCAUGCACUUCACAAUCAUGAAGCACCCGAAGGAGGCACUUGACACAAUGAAGACGCUGCAGCGCGCCCACAAGUUGUGCGACGUGACGCUGGUGGUGGGGGAGGACGAGAUCCCCGCCCACAAGAUUGUGUUGGCGGCCUCCAGCCCCUACUUCAAGGCCAUGUUCACGGGGGGCAUGCGCGAGGAGGAGAUGGCGUCCAUCCCGCUGCACGGCAUCUCACCCUGCACGCUCCACAUCCUCGUGGACUUCGCGUACACCGCCGAAAUCAACAUCAACGAGCUCAACGUCUGCUACCUGCUGCCCGCGGCAACCAUGUUCCAGAUGGCGCACGUCGUCGAGGCCUGCAGCGUCUUCCUCGAGCACCAGCUCGACCCCAACAACUGUAUUGGCAUUGCCAACUUUGCCAGUGAGCACGGCUGUCUCGAACUGGAAGCUAAAGCUAGAAGUUAUAUCCAUAAACAUUUCUGUGAUGUGAUCAAGUCAGAUGAAUUCUUAAUGCUCAGUCCCUGUCAGAUGAUUAGUUUGAUAAAGCAGGAUGAACUCAAUAUUCACUGUGAGUCGGAAGUCUUUCAGGCUGUUAUUCGCUGGGUGCAGAGUGAACCGGACAAGCGACUAGGAAAGCUGGAGAAUUUGCUUAAUGCAGUGAGGUGUCAGUUUUUAGCUCCUUGUUUUUUAGAAGAACAACUUAAAAAUUGCCCGCUCUUGAAAAAAAUGCCACAAUGUUUGCAAUCUUUAGAGGAUAAACUUCGGGAACUAAAACUGCAUGUGAAGUGUCCCGAGCGGCCGCGUAAACCCUGUGCUCCCCUGGUGGUAUUCUGUGCUGGUGGUUACCUCAGACAGUCACUGAGUAACUUCGAAUGCUACAACCCAAAGACGAGCCAGUGGCACAGACUGCCGGACCUGCCAACCCCUCGCAGCGGGCUCAGUGCGUGUAUUGUCCGCGGAGCGCUCUACAUCGUAGGUGGUCGCAACAACUCUCCCGAUGGCAACAUGGACUCAAACGCUCUCGAUAUGUAUGACCCCAUGAGAAACGCCUGGUCACCACGCACACCCAUGACUGUGCCAAGAAACCGCGUCGGUAUCGGAGUCAUCGACGGAAUGAUUUAUGCAGUCGGAGGAUCUCAGGGACAAACGCAUCACAGAUCAGCAGAAAAAUAUGACCCAGAACUUGACUCAUGGACAAUGAUAGCGCAGAUGAAUACGAACCGGAUUGGUGUUGGUUGUGCGGUUAUUAACCGCCUCCUCUUCGCAGUGGGUGGAUACGACGGUCAGAACCGACUUCGCAGCGUGGAACGCUACGAGCCUGAGAGAGACGAAUGGACGACUGUGGCCUCCAUGAACACUACAAGGAGCGGCUCAGGUGUGAUCGCGAUGGACUGCUAUGUGUAUGCUGUGGGCGGCUACGACUCAAACUAUCAGCUGCGGUCGGUGGAGCGGUAUUCGGUGGAGCGAGACACGUGGGAGUUUGUGGCAUCUAUGAACAGCCCGCGCAGCGCCCUCAGUGUGGCCGUCAUCAACGACAGGCUGUACGCACUCGGAGGGUACGACGGGACGGACUUUCUGUCAUCGGUGGAAUGCUACAACCCGGACACCAAUGAAUGGAAGGAAGUUACGAACAUGACUUGUGGUCGCAGUGGCCACGGUGUUGCUGUUGGUGCAGAACCAAGCUCCAAAUGAACACAGUUGUCUCCAAAUGAACACGGUUGUCACCAAAUGAACACGGUUGUCUCUAAAUGAACACGAUCGUAACCACAACAAUCCAGGCACCAGCAACAUGCUGCAGACACAACAAUAAAACAGAAGACACAAAUAAAGCUGCAAACACUAAAAUAAAAAAGCAGCAGACACAAAAAGCAGCUGCCAUAGUGGACAAAAAACAUCUGCAAACAAAAAUGAAACUGCAGACAAACAUCCGCUGCAAACAAACAAAAAUAAAAAGCAGCAGACAGAAGUAAAAAUCUGCAACAGCAGACAAAAAACCCCAGCUGCAGACACACAAAAACAGCUGCAGACAAAUAGAGCAGCAGACACAAAAAAAACAAGCAGCAGACUCUAAAAUAAUGGCAGACACAACCACUGUAGUAGAAGUUGUGUUAGUUGUCGGGAUGAUUGUGCUUUGAUCUUGAUAUGUUGGAAGGCACAGAUUUAGGCAAGGGCAUCCUGGUUUUGGUCCAGUUAUUACUUUCACUUUGUAUCAGGUGAGGAGUGUUUAGUUUAUCAAUACCAAUGAACUACAUUACAUUCAUGUUACGGUUUGCCUCCUAUUACAAAAAUCUUCGAUCCACCUAUGGUUGGUAACUUUUGUGCAGUUGCUGUGAACAUUGGUUAUGUAAUACUUUUGACAUUGGUUAACAGAACUCAAUGGAUCCAGACAAAAAGGUGAUCUUUGACGAAAGGAAAGCAGAAAUAAUCGUGCAGUGGAGACCGAUCAACAGUCUUUCAGUUAUAGAUGCUGUCACAGUGUUUUAAUAGAUGGUCACUAUUCAUGCCAAAACAGACACACCCAAACAAUCUUGUUGCAUUUGUCAUAAAGAAUGCUUCAGUUGACAGUGAAAUGCCUCAACAGUAAAUAAUCUUGUGUUAAACAAUGCUGAAUUUGCGGUAAAGAAUGCUUUAGAAGAACUUUAUUUUGAAUGCUGGAAAGAACCAUGUUAACAUAUACUAGUAAAAUUGGAUGCAUGGAAGAUCCAUUAUUGUACGAACUGUAUGCAAUAAAGAAAGAUGUAGUAACAACACUGCCCUUUCAGCCCUGUGAACCACUUAGAGCCCUGUGAACCACUUUCGGCCCUGGGAACCACUUUCGGCUCAACAAAUGCUCAGUAUUGUGAAUAAUCCUGGUGCUGAAAGAGUUAAGUAUCAGAAGUUACGCUAGUCUGUCAGCUACAUGUCCGGGUUUUCUAGAGUCGAUCAACUUGGAUGUGAUCCGUAGACAGUAAAUUAUGAAUGCAGUAAAAAU